AUGGAAAAAUAUGAGAUAAUUAAAGAUAUUGGAUCAGGAAACUUUGGUGUUGCAAAGCUUGUAAGAGAAAAAUGGAGUGGCGAAUUCUAUGCUGUUAAGUUCAUUGAAAGAGGCUUCAAGAUUGAUGAACACGUGCAAAGGGAGAUUAUAAAUCACAGGUCCUUGAAACAUCCCAAUAUUGUUAGGUUCAAAGAGGUGUUGCUUACUCAAACUCAUUUAGCAAUUGUGAUGGAAUAUGCUGCUGGUGGAGAACUGUUUGAAAGAAUAUGUAGUGCUGGUAGAUUCGGUGAGGACGAGGCAAGAUAUUUCUUCCAGCAAUUGAUUUCUGGAGUUAGCUAUUGCCAUUCAAUGGAAAUUUGCCAUAGAGAUCUUAAGCUAGAAAACACACUUCUAGAUGGAAGCUCCGCACCACGCCUCAAAAUAUGUGACUUUGGUUACUCAAAGUCAUCUGUUCUGCACUCCCAACCAAAAUCAACGGUCGGAACCCCGGCUUAUAUUGCACCAGAGGUCUUAUCAAGAAGAGAAUAUGAUGGAAAGAUUGCAGAUGUUUGGUCUUGUGGGGUGACUUUGUAUGUGAUGCUUGUUGGUGCUUAUCCUUUUGAAGAUCCAGAAGACCCAAAAAACUUCAGAAAAACACUUCAGCGAAUUCUUAGUGUACACUAUUCUAUUCCAGACUAUGUCCGCGUCAGUCAAGAGUGCAGACAUCUUUUAUCAAGAAUAUUUGUAGCCAAUCCAGAGAAGAGAAUUAGCAUACCAGAGAUUAAAAUGCACCCAUGGUUCCUAAAAAACUUGCCACUAGAAUUCACAGAGGGUGAAAAUAAUAAUUUACAAACUAAUGAAAACGAUUCAUCAUCACAAAGCAUAGAAGAAACAUUGUCCAUAAUUCAAGAAGCUAGAAAAGCAGGUGAUGGUCCAAAAGUGAGUGAGCAGUUUGUUGGUGGCAGUAUGGAUCUUGAUGAUAUAGAUGCAGAUGUUGACAUAGAUGACAUUGAAACUAGUGGUGAUUUUGUUUGUGCUUUAUGA